CCACUUGGAUCCUCCUCCCAUCAAAAUAGGGCCAGGCAGACCGAGGAGAAAUAGGAUCAAGGAUCCCUUUGAGAACCCGAAAAAGCCUGGUCACCUAUCGAGGACCGGGAUAGAAAUGACUUGUAGUGUGUGUCAAGUCAAAGGGCAUAAUAAAAGACGAUGUCCUAACAGAGAGAGUGCUGUUGUUGCAGAACCAGCCCCAAAAAAACCUAGGGGUAGACCAAGGAAGGAUGGUCAGCCCCCUCACUCUCGUGCUCCGUCUGUUACUGCCCCAUCUACCAUAAGUCAAACGACUGAUUCAAGAACAAACACACCCACCUCUGCAGUUGUAUCUUCUCGAUUCACUCGAUCAACAAAUGCUCAGCUUCACUCUACUUCAUGCCAACCUAGCCAACUUGGCAGAGGCGGGAGGAUGAUCCUAGGUGGUAGGGGUUCUAGGGGUGGAAAUACUGGAAGGGGAAGGGGAAACAAUGGAGGGAGGGGUAAAGAGAAAGUACCUAUUGGUGUGGGAAUGUAUGUUGCCUCGGAUGGGACUGCAACAACAAGUGGAGGCAGAGGGAGAGGGAGAGGGAGGGGUAAAAAUCAGAAGCUUACAGUAGCAGUAGCAGUUAGCUAA